ACAUUAAAAGUCUUCCUUCCAUUUGUGUGGCUCCAUGUGGCUGUUCUUGCUGCUACUUUGCAACCUUCCAUUUGCUUUCAUUUGCAUUACAUUUCCGCCUCAUUUCACCAACAUUUCAUCAACAUUUUGCAGCAUAGGUUGCUGCACUUUGCUGCGACCGUGCUUUGGUGCAGCUCCCCCUUCUUUUCAUUUUGCUGCCACUUGUGCAGCUUUCUUUCCAUUUGCUGCCACCUAUGUAGCCUUCUUUCCAUUUGCUGCCUCUUGUGCAGCUUUGACACCAUAGCUCCAACACUCCUUCUUGGUGUUAAAGCUGAGGAUAACAUGACAUUAACCAAGCAUUUGGAAUCUGCCAUUUGUGCAAUUCUUUAUCCUUUGGUUUUGAUUUUUUGUUGCUGCUAAAGCAUCUCCUUUAGCAGAUUAGCUCCUCCUUCAAUGUUGCAGCUUCAUCUUGCUUGGAUUUGCUGCUUUCACACAUUUUUUUUGGAGCUUUACUGAGCCAUUUUGCUGUCUCGUUGCAACAAACAUCACAGCUUUGAUGCCAUUUUUCAACUUCUUUGUGCUUGGUGUUGGUGAAACCUCCAUCAAAGCCACAUCCAUGAAGAGUUUUCUUGGGAAAACUCAAGACAUAACCAUAGCAAACAUAAAGGAUGGAUGAACAUAUCAUGAAAUGAAACUGAUUUUUUUUGUGUUAAGUUUCCCAUUCCAUCAACCAUGUUUUGCCUUAUGGAUUGUUUUUUGAAACAAACAUGAACACCUUCUCUUUGAAUCCAGUGUUCCUCUCCUUGACAUCUCCCAUGGUGGGACUAACAUAUGCCUCCAUCUUCACAGCCUUUUUUGCUGCAAGAUUUUGGCCAAGCAAGAGGGGUUUCACAUGAAAAACUAUCUGAAAAACAAAGAAAGGUGGUCCUUUUUU